AUGUCCACGGAAUAUGAUUCUGGCGAUGAAAAGCAGGUCCAGGUCGCGAGUGCGCCCCUCAGCUCCCCGACGCCGAGCACCAUACGAUCUAUAGUCAUCAUCGCGACCAGUACAAUGGCUAUGAUAGUAAACACGUCGAACGCUACAUCUGCGUCCAUUGCGCUACCGACGAUAGGCCGGGAGCUGGGGAUACCUGAGAAUCAGUUACAGUGGAUAGUGUCUGCCUAUUCUCUAACGUCUGGUUGCCUUUUACUCUUCUUCGGACGAUUAGCCGAUCUUCAUGGUCGAAAGAAGGCUUUCAUCGUUGGUAUGAUAUGGCUGGCUGCCUUCACGCUCGGGUGUGCCUUCACAAACGAUGCCCUAACUCUAGACAUACUGAGAGCGUUCCAAGGUGUAGGAGCGGCAGCGAUAAUCCCUGCAUCUAUCGGCAUCCUCGCUCAUUCAUUUCCCCCUUCACGAACCCGAUCCAUCGCAUUCGCCACGUUCGCUGCUGGUGCCCCCGUCGGCGCUGCCUUUGGGAUGGCAAUCGGCGGUGCCCUCACACAACUAACAGCCAAAACCUGGCGGUCGACAUUCUAUCUCUCAACGGGUUUGACGGUGCUUUGCUUAAUUCUAGGACUUGUUGCUAUAGAUAGAGACCAGCCUUCAACCGAGCAAGAUAAACGCGUGGAUUGGCUUGGUGCGCUGCUGGUCACAGCCGGUCUCGUUCUUAUCGUCUUUGUUCUCGGACAAGGCGAGAUCGCUCCGCACGCGUGGAGUACACCAUAUAUAAUCGUCCUACUCAUACUGGGAGUGUGUAUGGUAGUGUUGUUCGUCUUCUGGCAACACUACCUCGAAAAAGUGCAAGCAUCGGACACCAAAUCCACAGGACCGUAUGCCUUCCUCACGCCGCCGCCACUCAUGAAAGUCUCUUUAUGGUAUCGCGCCAAUGGACGCUUUGCCGCCAUUAUGGCAAUCGCCUUCCUUACCUGGUGCUGCUUCUUAGGAUCUAAUUUCUGGAUUCAGCUCUACUACCAGGAAUACCUUCAUCUCACGCCAGUCUUGACUAUGGUCAGGAUGCUUCCAAUGUUUAUCACAGGUGUCCUGUGUAACAUAGCCGUUGCCCUCGUCGUCAAUCGCCUCUCAGUCAUCUACCUUCUUGGCGGCGGGACGAUAUUGACGGCCGCUGGAGCUGUUCUCUUCGCAGUUAUCAUCCCCUCAUCUCCGUACUGGGCGUUUGGUUUCCCGGCGGCCAUUAUCUCCGUCUUUGGCGCCGAUUUCACCUUCUCAGCCGGUUCGCUCUUCGUAGCACGCGUCGCCCUACCCCACGAGCAAAGUGUCGCUGGUGCCUUGUUCACUACGAUGACACAGUUGGGCACGGCGGUUGGCGUUACCGUCACAACCGUAGUGUUUGAUAAGAUCGCUCAGAGGGAGACUCGCCAGGUCUCAUUCCUCCCUCCUCGUCCCAGUGCGCCAGCCCAAAAUCAAGUUGCCGAUCUACUGCCUGCCUACCAAGCAGCUCAAUGGACAGCCUUUGCUUUCGGAAUUCUAGCUGCUGUGACGGCACUCGCAUUCUUUCGUGGAUUCGGGAUUGUGGGACACCGGAAGGAAGACGAAGAUGAUAAAACCGUCACUAGUAGUGGUAAACAUCCAGAAGUAUGA